AUGCAUUUCUCCAUACCGGAUCUUCAGCAAUUUCACGAUGACAAUGGGAUCUCUUAUACGGCGUAUAAUAUCUACAUAAAUGGAUUUUUCCAUUGCACGGCACGAUAUAAGCAGCUGCUGAGUUUACAUGAACAGCUACAGGCUCAGAAUCCGUAUUUUAAGUUGCCGAGCUUUCCUCCUAAGAAGUUGUUUUUAACAAAUUCACAGCUGGAGGAGAGGCGGGUUCUAUUAGAAAAAUACAUGCAAUUGGGUGAGAAAAUUAUUUGAUAAUUACUUCUACAUAAUUAUAGUAUUGAACACCUUGUCCCAAAUAUAUGUAUGGUUUUAUCUGUUUGUUAUUUGUGUUUUCAAGAAACUCAUGGUGUUCGUAUGCAUGAAGUUGAAAUUGAGAUCUCACUCAUGAAUGGCUACAGAAUACCACUAUCAGUGUCCUCAAUUGACUCUUCGAACACAAUUCUGGACAUUGCCUGUAAUUACAUUAACCUGCCUAAAGAAUUGGUCAAGUACUUUUCACUAUAUCUUUUCAAUUGGAGCUGUGCCAAAGAUGGGCAACCUUCACUGAAAAUGCUAGAAGAAUAUGAGUCUCCAUACAUAUCACAGAAAUAUGUGAGGCCAGAAGACAAAAUUGUUUUAAGGAAAAGUUACUGGGACCCCUGCUAUGAUGUGGAUCUGAUGUUAGACAGGGUUUCCCUAGACCUAUUGUAUCUGCAAAUUAUAGAAGAGCUUGAUUUAGGCUGGAUGAGCGCUGACUCGCAGACUAGGGAUAUUUUAUCAUCCUUUGAGGGAAAGAAGCAGAAGCGAGAGUACAUAGAGUUGGCGAGGACUUUACGGUAUUACGGCCAAAUACCAGCAGGGGAAGCCGUGACCGAUGCAUGCAAUGUAGCAGGCAGCAUCGCUGGUACUACAUGUCGGGUGCGAGUAUCUCUAGCGGCGAAGGAACUAACAUUGGCGACUCUCACGCAGCCUACCCGCGAACAGCGGUACAAGGUCACGCGAAUGCGGUGCUGGCGGAUUACGACAUUGCAUUCUGAUCGACUGCUUACAAAUGGACAUGGUCCUUUGCUAGAAGACGCUAACAAGAACUUCGAACUUUCGUUUGAGUAUCUGAUUAGCAAAGACAAUCUGAAAUGGAUAACCUUGAGGACAGAACAUGCAACGUUUAUAAGUGUCUGCUUGCAGUCGAUAGUAGAUGAGCUGAUGCGUCAGAAGAAUGGCACAGGCCCAUCGUCUCCGCGCAGCGCUAAACGUGGCAGCCUGACGUACUUGCGCCGCGACGGCUCAGCGCAGCUGAUAACACCUUCCUCUUCCAGCGAUACUCUUAGCUCCACGAAUGGAGACUCCUACAACUCCGGAAGCUCAAGGGAAAUAUUUUCAGUCCAAAAACUCACCGAAAAAUUUGCAUCUGUGGCCUUUAAAUCAGGACGAGAUUGCGUUGAGAACAACGCCUUUGAAGCCAUCGGGGACGAGGAGCUGUAAGCGCCAAAUUAGUAUCUACUUGGUAGUAAGGUAUAAUGGACACCAUAUUCAGACAACAGCACUCAAAUACAAAUAUUUUAUGUGGAAUUACAUAUGUCAUGUGGCUCCAAUAUCGCAUUCUAUCAAUAUUAUACAGGUGUUAACUUAAUUACGUUAUACUAAAUGUGCGACUCGACCAAAAUAUAUGCGGAACAGUUGAUUUAAAUUGUUUUCGCUUUUUUUAAGGGUCCCCAUAGUAACAAUUGUUCGUAAUAAUAGGUGAAGUCACUCCCUUUGUACUUAACACAAUUAAGUUAACACAUAUGCGAGACGUUUGCUACGCUACCGAAAAUGAUCGAGAUGAGUCGUGGUGUAAUUUGAUAUACAUAUGUAUAGACAUAUUAUGUGCAGACACAAAGUCACGGUGAAAGGCUAAUAUUUUGAUUUUUUUAGAAUGGUGCUUUUGAUCACUAUCUAGACUAUAGUCAAGAUGAGGUCGAUGAUAUUAAGCGUGAUAUACGGUAUUAUUUUUUAAAGUGCUUAAUUUCGGAGUUAUUCGAAAACCGGCGAAUAUAAUACCUACUUUAUGCUAUCGCUGCAUAAUGAGGGUUCUUUAGAGUUGAGUACCGUUGGCCUAAGUAAUAGGUACGAGAUUGUAAGACCUAAUUAUAUAAU